UCGGCCGGGCAUCUGGAAUCCCUUCAGAACAACGGCGAUGGGAAGCUGGGCCCUGGUGGGGACGGUGCUUUGCAGCCUGGUCGCUGCAACCCUCGUCUCAGCUGAUGAAGACUGCAAGUGGUACCUAGACAGAAAUGGCUCCUGGCACCGUGGCAUAGACUGUAACUUCCCCUCUUUCUGCUGUGGUGAUUGCUACCAUCGCUUCUGCUGCUUCGAUGUCAGAAACCUCCUCACUGAACGGCAGCAAAAGCACUGCAUGGCCUUUGGCCCGAGAACCAUUGCUGGCAUCGCUUCAGCUGUGAUUCUUUUUGUGGCCAUUGUUGCCACCAUUGUCUGCUGCUUCCUGUGCUCCUGCUGCUACUUGUAUCAGCGACGGCAUCACAUGCAGACUCCUUAUCAAGGUCAGGAGAUUCCACUUUCUGGCUAUCCUGACCAGCCUCCAGACCCUUAUCCUAUGGAUCCAAAAGCAGGGCCAGCAUCAUUUCAUCCUGGAUAUACACCUGUGUUUCCCUACCCACCUACAGUUCCAGCUGCACAGUACCCUCUAUAUCCACCUGGGCCACCAUACUACAAUCCUACAGCUCCCCCACCAUACCUCCCACCGCAACCAACACAGCCUAGCACUUGAGAAGAUUCUUGUGAGGACUAUUCAAAGGAAGCCUUUCUUUCUGGGCCUGCCAACUCCCUUUUUACAGAACUUGUAGGGGACUCCUGCUGUCCUGAAACUCCAGCCUAUGCGUCAGUAUUUGCCAGUGUUUUUUUUUUUUUACUAGUUAUCUUAUUCUGCAUGGUAGGAAGCAUUAUGACUUUAAUUCAUUUCCCCACCCAUCCCAGUCAUUGAGAGAGUCACCUUGUCCUCCUCUCUUCCUAUAUGGAUUCAGGAAGUAGCUAAUGAUUACAAAUGCGAGUGCACAAAGCUGGUACAAGUGCCAUAAAUAUAAUUUGAGAGAUUACCCUUCUCUGCAACCAAGCUUCUUCAGGAGUAGGCAGGCAGCUUGCCUCCAGGGGGCAGCAGAGAGCUACCUGUCUUUCCCUGAAGAAGAGGAGGGUCAAUUUUAGUUCCAUUCUUCAUAACCUCCAGCUGAUGUUUCAUGUCUUAAGGAAGCCCUGAGCCCUAAGAUGGAUAUAGAUAUUAAAGUCUGAAGAUAUUUGGUGCUGAUAUAGAUUCUUACACUAAGUAGACAUUACCUUGGCCAGAGUCCAGAGGAGAAGCUACUUGAAAGCCCAUGUAGAUUCCCAAAUAAAGCUGUAAGUGCAAUUAAUACACAAGAAAAGUAGAUGGGCCUAGAGACUCUUCUAAGAGGUGAGAUGAGGGCUAGAGAAGAGAAGACACAUUGUUUUCCCUGCUUCUCAGCACAGAAUGAAAGUAAUUCAGUAUUUGAAGAUGUAGAGACGAGCCCACUUUUGGCAUUUCACCUGCAAGAUUUGCUAUGGGUAUUGUCUAGGAAAAACUGGGUGACAAAGAUAAUUCUUCUCUUUGAAUAAUUUGGAUUUUCUGAGGGAUUUUUUUUUUUUUUUACUGAUUUCCAUACUACAUUGAAGAGCAUUUUGAAAUAUCUCUUGUGCAUUCUAGACCAAUCUAAAGAAAAACAGAGUUAAGCCUGCAGGGUCAUAUUAUGACUUCCAAUAUAAACUGCUCUCAAAUUACAGCCCCUUUACCACCCAGUGAUAUGAAAUCUAGAUAUUUCAAAAGGUAAAGUAAGCAUUAGAGCCUGUGGCAAGUUGUGAACUCUUUACCCAUGACAGAGAUAUCUGGUGCUCUAUUCCUGGUUCAUGUGUACUUGUUAAUUCACUGUAAUGUAGUCAUAUUGCCCAUUUCCCACCAGGUAGACCAAGGGGCAAAAAGAACCUGCCAAGAACUGGCAUCUCAGAUGAGCAGGGACAGAAUUCAAUCAGGCUUAAAACUGGUUUAGCAAUUGUGUUAGGGAGAUGCCUUGGCUAAACAACAGAUAUGGUAAUUGGAUAGCCAUUUGGAGGAGUGUUGGUUCCAUAUGUGAAGUCUUAUUAGACCCCUCUUUCCUGGUUAGUUCCAUUUGUUCCAUUUCUAUACAAAUCCCUUCCACCAACAUCCAGAUGGGUUGAACUAGAGUUUCCAGCAUUCCUAGCUAACACAGCUUUCCCCAACCUGGGCAUCCUCCAUGGCUUCAGUUUCAAAUCUUGGAACUCUUCAACCAGCAUCUUCUGUUUUUCUGCAAAUGAGAAGAGAAGACAAUGUCAUUUGUAUAAGAAAUUAGUAUUCUUGCUACUUUUGGUUUAUAGUCACUGGUCAAAAGUAACUGCAGCAAGAAUUUCUUUCAAAUUUCAUGUGAAAAAAAAGUUUUCUCCCAUGGUGAGACUCCUCUCAUAUAUAUAAAUACAUGUUCUUUCAUAAUAUUCUAAUUCAGUUUACAUUCCUUUCUUUUCACUAAGAAAGAUUAGCUAAGAUUAGCUAACCCCUUUGAUUGUCUCUUAAUCCAGCUUCUCAGCUUCGCCUCUGAUCAGUCAACUGUA